AUUGCUGGAGAGGCCGCGCAUGCGCACAUGUUUUGUAUAUGUGACCAGACUGCCAUAAGAGAAAUAUAAACAGUGAUCUAUAGAACAUUCUAGAAAUCGAAAUUACAUACAGGAAGAUAGCUCUACUUGCAAAAUAAUCCGCAAUGUUUGGACACAACCUUUUUGGAUCUUUCGAAGGCGAUCCGUUUUUCAUGGAUCAUCGAGAUCAUGUGCGAAUGAUGAAUGAUAUGAUGUCUCGACACUUUCAACCUUUCGGACAACAACUUUCUCUUGAGAAUUCACGCCCUAACAAUCAAAGGCAAAUGGCUAUGAGAACUCACGAUCCCUUUUCCAUGUUCAAUCAUAUGAACAGCUUCAUGGGGAAUUUUCACUCAAUGUUUGAUGAAGUGAACCGUCAAAUGCGGGACCCAAGUAGAGGUGGAGGUGGAGCAGUCUACCAACAGUCUACUGUAAUGACUUAUUCGAAUGAUGGAUCGGGAGCAGCUCCAAAAGUUUUUCAAGCAACUUCAAGCACAAGAACUGGUCCGGGAGGCGUGAAAGAAACGAGAAAAUCUGUAAGAGAUUCAAGUAGAGGAGUUGAAAAGAUGGCUAUUGGACAUCAUAUCGGGGACAGAGCACAUAUCAUUGAAAGAAAAAAGAAUACCAAAACGGGAGAUAUGGAAGAAAACAAGGAUCUUAUUAAUUUGGAUGAGGACGAAGCCCCCGAUUUCGAGAGAGAAUUUAGAGAAAAGGCCCAUGGAAGUUCCUCCCGUCAUCACCAUUCUGUUCGCACUGGCAGGUACGGUCAUCCUGCUUUGGAGUACACACCAUAUAAACGAAAUUAAAUUAAUAUAAUUUACAUUUUGUUUGAAACAUAAAUUAAGGUGAUAUAAAAAAAAUAUGUUGUAUUAGGGCUCCUUUUAGUGAGAUUGUAUGCUAAUAUACAGUCGCCUUGCCUGGGAUUAAGUAACAACAUUCUUUUGUUUCAGGGGAGACAAAGUUAUGAAAUCCCUUCCAGAUUCAAGGCGACGUAAUAAUAAACGCUUUGAACAUUGAGAACGAGAGGUAUGAGAAAACAAGCAUAAAAAACAACUAAAAGGUAAAAUGAAGAAGAUAUUUAUUUUAUUCAACAGUAUUGACUUGACCUUACUUGGUAUAACUUAAGCAAUAUCAAAUUAUUGAAGUUUGUUUUUGCAAACCUUUCUUUUCUCUCUGUUUUUAUCAUCUGAAUCUUUUAUGGGCAAAAAUUUAUAUGUAUUUUAUUAAAUAAAGAUUUAAGCUAAGUGAUUAUUACAUGACUGACUCAUUGUUUUACUUAUUAUUUGAAAAGUUAGCAGAUUUCAAUCAAAUUGCACUUUUAGUUAACAUUUCCAAAUGAAGACUAGUUCAUAUAGCAUUUAUCGUACAAUUUUAGUCAGGAAUUUGAAUGAAUAAAGUAGUUUUAUCGGCGAGAUCAACAUCAUGUAAAGAAAGUUCCAUAUCUCUCAGAAUCGAACGAUUAUGUGGAUUAAACAGUUCAUAAUUACAAAAGUCUUCAUUGGAAUAAUUGGAAGCAAAUUUUAAUAAUUCCAAUAGUUUGUCAUUUCGGUUGAAUCUUCGCUGUAUCCGUUCCCCAUUAAGAAGCUUCAGCGCAAUGUGUAGGCUAUUUGCAUCUGGCUCAGAUGAAAGAUUAUAGGGAGUAAACGGUCUUUCACCAUUAAUAUCAGGUAAAACAGAGUAGCGAGAUAGAGCGGAACUGGUUGGUCUUGACUGCACUCGAUUGAUAUCUGAAUCGACUUUAAAUCAUAAAUUGUAUUUUUACAUAACUUGGCAAAAGAGUGUUACCUGAGUCAAGUGAUUGUCGUGACGAUUUUCGUCUUCUGAAGUUCCUCCUAGACAUAUUUUUAAUCGGUGGAGGUUCGUUUGGUGGAGUAGGGUUCAAUGGGUUAUGAUGUGGAUGAGACACAGACAUUGUUGGAAGUAUAAUAGUAGAAAAUCAGUUAUCACAAUAUUUGGACGGAAUAUUAUAAAGCAGUAUCAUAAUAUUAAAAGUUCAUUGUCAUCUUUUUUACACUUCAAAAGAGAGUGUAAAAACCAGUUAAGUCGCCAUGAAUGUUUACGUGCGAUACGGGCUAAAUAUAGUUCUACUUUUAUUGUGGUGUCCUUACAGCAUUAAUUUGUAAAACAAAACCUUUUUCAUUUUCGAUUAUCUACCUUAAGACUAUAUUAUUUAGGAAAAUAUUCAAAUAAUAAUAAAU